CCGCCUAAAAAGGGGUUAACUAAUAAUCUUUAUUCAUUUCAAUUAUUAUUUGUCCCUGUGUUGCGUUUUUGAGUCAUUUGUAUUUUUAUUUUGAAAACCGGAAGUUUAUUUUAUAAAGAAACCGGAAGUAGUGCUCUGUAAUACUCACUCUCGCCUAGCGAGUUAAUACGUCUGGAGCCCAGGCUUCUGUUUUCUCCCGUGUGGGUGUUAAACGAGGGAAAAAGGUAUGCAAACCUGGUUCUUUUUCUUUGACACUUCAAAUUUAUUUGUCAAUGAUGUAAACCUGUGUAAUUUCAUUUUAGAAGUCCGAGGACCGAUAGGGAAGCAUUGUGUUGCCCUGGUUUUCUGGUAGAAACCCCCUUCCUUGGUCAGGUCUUUUUGUGAUGCAAGAAAGAAUCGAGAAAUACCAGUCAUCCCACAAGGCGGACUGGCGAUCCAUUUGAUGGCGAGCCUCCCAUGACGAACUGUGGAAGUCCACCACACCGCUUAGCAAGUGGAUCUGGUGGUAGGAUCGUGCAAAUCUUGUUGUCCAACAACAAGAUACCCUUCCUGCAUACUUACUCAUGACUUUUGACUAUUCCCCCUGACUUUUGACUUGAACAAAUCUUGGAUCGGCAAAGAUCAGUACUCAUAAGGAACACUUUGAAAAAGACAAUUUAUUUCAUUUUUUUUGUUAUUGGGCCCAUGGUUCUGUGCACAGUAUUUUUUGUACACUGUUAAAAAUAAUUUUUGCAAAACUAAAAGUUACAACUUUACCACUUUAAAUCUGUGUUGCUUCGUUAUUACUUAAACUCACAGCUCCUUACGAACCUAGUAGUGACGUGUACAUACCUUGAAGUGGGUUACACGGUAAAACGUGGCGAGCCAGCCAGGAGCUUUGAGUUAAGUAAUAACCUGGAGGCCCUUUCAACUAAAAGUGCGCACAAGUGCGAACUAGUAUUUUUCCAAAUUAUGCCAAAAUGGAGGUGAUUGAGAGAGAAGGUAUAAAGGUUCCCAAUGCAGUCAUUGUAUCAGGUUUGACAAAUACUGAACUUGACGAGGAGAUUUGUGAGUUUUUAAAGCAAUUUGGGUCUAUUGGCAGAGUAAUCAAGGUUUCAGACAAAAUGUCUGCGUUGUACGGUAAGGCUCUUAUAGAGUAUGCAUCUGGUGCUGCUAUGGAGACAUUUGAGAAAGAUUUACCUAUGGAUAAACUUUGUGAUUCAGAUAAUACUGUUGUCUUUCACAUUGAAGCCCUAGCUAGUGUAUACUCAAGUGAAAAAAGUACCGAUCUCACCAAAACUUUUCUGUCAGACCUGCAAAAUGUUGCUAAACUCAGUGGAAAAUCUUUUGAACUCCUGUUACAGGAGGAGCUAACAAGAAUCUCUGGAUUAAUACAAGAACAAAGUGGGUCCGGCAUACAUCAGGACACAUCCGUGGGAUCAGCUGAAACACAAGUAGGCCCCAUUUCUCCUGAUGCCCCUCAAACAGACUUGGGCGCUGAUGAUCAAAAUCUCAGUCUUGACCCACCUAACUCAACUUUCAGAUCCCCAACAAAUGUUAUGCCCACUCAGGUAGGAUCAGUCACCUCAUUCAUUCCAUCUGCUGAACAACUUAACCCACCUGAGGUGCAGCGUGUAGUGGUUGAACACAUUGUUAAAACUUCAGACCUCAAUUCCCAGAUACACGCACCUGCCAAACUCAGACCAUUUUCUGGCAAAGUUCCAUGCCCAAACUUUGAGGUUGAUUAUGACACUUGGAGAAGCAAUAUUGAGUGUCACUUGGCUGACCCUUCUGUUUCUACUGCACAAUUGGUGAGACGCAUUGUUGACAGUUUGCUUCCCCCUGCUGCUACUGUAGUCAAGUCACUUGGUCCCCAUGCAAGUCCAAAAGCUUUUCUAGACCUACUUGACUCAGCUUAUGCAACAGUGGAAGAUGGGGAUGAAAUUUUCGCCCAGUUUCUCAAUGUCAAUCAAAAUUCAGGUGAGAAACCUUCUAAUUAUCUGCAAAGAUUGCAGACAUUUUUGAACCGAAUCGUAAAAAUGAAAACCAUUGCACCCCAAGAUUCCGACAAGCAGCUCUUAAAACAGUUCUGUAGGGGCUGCUGGAACAAUGCGCUAAUUAACAAUCUCCAGCUUGAGCAACGGAAAUAUAAAACCCGCCCACUUUUCCAGAGUUUUUACUCCUUUUACGCACAGAGGAGGACAAACAGACUGCAAAAGCGAACAGGAUGAAACAACAUUUGGGGUUCCAAAAACCAAAAGCUCAAGCCUCAGCGCAAGCGCAUGAUGCAUA